AUGGGCUGUGACGUCCCAAGCGGCCCUAUUAAGGGCAAUGGCGCCCAGGGGUCCUUCCAGGGGGAUGGACGCUCCCAAGGGACCUCCCAGAUGCUGAGGUGGGGUGGCGGCGAUCCCAGGGUCCCUGCCAGGGGCAGUGGCGCCCCCAAUGUCCCACCAUUGGCCGGCGAACCUGCAAGGACCCUCCCAGGGGUGGUGGUGGCCCCACGAGCCUUCCAGGGGCGACGGCGCACCCGGGGGCCUUACCAGGGACGGCAGCACCCCCAUGGGCCCUCUCUAUGGGUGGCAACGUCCCUAGAGGCCCUUUUCAAGGCCGGCGGUGCCUCCAAAGACCCUCCCAAGGGCAGUCGUGACCCCAAGGGCCCUGCCAGGGGCGGCGACGCUCCCAGGAGCCCUGCCUGGGGCGGCAUCGCCUGCAAGGGCACUUUCAGGGAAGGUGGAGCUCCAAUAGGCCCUGCCAGAGGCUGUAGCACUCCCAAGGCCUCUUCCAGGGGCUGUGGCGCCCCCAGGUCUCUCUCAGGAGCAGCGGCGCCCUCAAGGGCCCUCCCAAAAGCGGCGGAUCCCUUAGGGGCCCUACCAUUAGCUGUGGCACCCCCAGGACCUCUUCCAGGAACUGUGGAGUCCCCCGUGCGGCGCUCGCAGGGGCAUUCCCAGGGGCAACAGCGCACCCAGCGGCCCUUCCAGGGGCAGUGGCUUCCCCAAGGGCCCAACUUAGGGGUGCCGGCGCUCCCCGGGGCCCUCUCAGGGGCAACGGCGGCCACAGGUGUCCCUGUCAGGGGCUGUGGUAUCCUCAGGGCCUAUUCCAGAGGGUCUGGCGUCCGCAGGGUCCUCCUAGGCGCGGCGGCGCCCCGUGGGGCCCUCCCAAGGGCAGCAGGGCCCCUGGGGCUCUCCUUUGGGGUGGAGAAGCUCUCCUGGACCCUCUCAAGGGCAGCGACGCCCCAAGGGGCCCCUGACAUGGGCUGUGACGUCUCAAGGGGCCCUAUUAGGGCGAUGGCGCCCCAGGAGUCUUCCAAGGGGCGUGGACGCUCCCAAGGGACCUCCCAGAUGCUGAGGCGGUACUAG